CGGCGCGUAUUUAUGUCAUCACUUCCGCCUCCGCCACCCCACUUCCAUUUCGUGGACGCGCCGCUUCCAAACGUUUGUAUUGUGUUUGCACCAGGGUUGAGAUUACAGCAAUGUCUCAAAUCCGAAUGUUGCGAACUUUGGUGACCGAGCGGCUGAAUGCGGCCGUGGAGGAAAUCUUUGUGGUGUUGGAGAGAACCGUCGCGGAGUACGACGAGGAACUCGCUCGGGCCAGGGAGGAGAACCGGCGUCUCCUGAGCGUCUUCUCGGGCCAUCCUCGCCUUGUGCUCGACCGUGCAGAAGCCGGUGAAGAAGGUGUCGGCCUCGUGCAUCAGGGGGCGGCGACGCCACCCGUCAAAGAGGAAGAGGAGGCCAAACCCCCACUGAUAAAAGACAAAGAGCAGCCCGAGACCCCACGAAUGAAAAAAGAAGAGCAGGAGGCCAAGCGCCUGCCAAUAAAGGACAAAGAGCAGCCACAGACCCCACAAAUCAAAAAAGAGGAGCAGGACGACGUCACCGACAUUCCCGUGAAGAGUGAAGAAGGUGACGGAGGCGCCCGUGGACCAUCUCAAGCGGGCGGCCUCGCGGCGCCGCCGUCUGUCGAUGUCACUGAAGAUAAUCUUGCCGUUGAGGAUCGGGAGCGAGCGACACCGCACAUGAAAGACGAAGAGCAGGAGAGUAAAAUCAGCAAGUUUCCAUUGGCUGCUGCCAUGGUGACAGAAGCAGAAGGUCACGGAGAGCACGGGGGAGGACCGCAAGGAGACCAGUCCUCAGAUCACGAUGACAUCAGGCCACAAGCUUCUAAUAAUGAUGACGAAAUUAAUGGUAAAAAUGUUAACGAUGUUAUGACGCAUCACAAUGACAACACGACGGCAUUGAAAGUACAAACAAGACAACUUGGUGGGAAGAAAAGUUGUUCUCGCUCAGUUUCUGGUAAAAUAGACAUUGACGAGACAAAUUUGACAAAACGCACGAGAGAAAAACAUUUCACAUGCACAGUUUGCAGAAAAGCAUUUUCUGUCAAGGACGAUUUAAUAAGGCACACGAGAACGCACGCUAAAGGGAAACCUUUCGCCUGCUCAGUUUGUGGGAAAAAGUUCUCUCUCAAGGCAAAUUUAAUACAGCACACUAGGAUACACACCGGGGAGAAACCGUUUGCCUGUUUAGUUUGCGACAAACAUUUCACUUGGAAGGGAGCUUUAAAAGUACACGCAAGAACACACACCGGAGAAAAACCUUUUUCCUGCCAAGUUUGCGGUAAAAGCUUCUCUAUAAAGACAAAUUUAACAAAACACACAAGGAUACACACCGGGGAGAAACGUUUUGCCUGUUCAAUUUGCGGCAAACAUUUCACUUGGAAGAGAGAUUUAACAGUGCACACAAGAACACACACUGGAGAAAAACCUUUUUCCUGCUCAGAUUGUGGUGAAAAAUUCUCGACAAAGAAAACAUUAACAAAGCACAUAAGAACACACGCCGGAGAAAAACCCUUUUCCUGCUCAGUUUGUGGUGAAAGAUUCUGUGAAAAGAAAAGUUUAACAGAGCACACAAGGAUUCACACCGGAGAAAAACAUUUUGCCUGCUCAGUUUGUGGUAAAAGUUUCUGUGAAAAGAAAAGUUUAACAGAGCACACAAGGAUACACACCGGAGAAAAACCUUUUGCCUGCUUAGUUUGUGGUAAAGGUUUCUCUGUAAAAAAAAGUUUAAAAGAGCACACAAGGAUACACACCGGAGAAAAACCUUUUGCCUGCUCAGUUUGUGGUAAAAGUUUCUCUGCAAAGAAAAGUUUAACAACGCACACAAGGGUACACACCGGGGAGAAACCUUUUGUCUGUUUAGUUUGCGGCAAACAUUUCCCUUGGAAGGUCAAUUUAACAAUACACACAAGAACACACACUGGAGAAAAACCUUUUGCCUGCUUAGUUUGUGGUAAAAGAUUCCUCACAAAGUGGAAAUUAAAAAUGCACACAAGAACACACACUGGAGAAAAACCAUUUGCCUGCUUAGUUUGUGGUAAAAGAUUCCUCACAAAGUGGAAAUUGAAAAGACACACAGGAUCACACAGUGCGUAGAAAUCUUUUGUGGUAGACUGUUUGCUAAUAACUGCAGAUGUCAUGGGACACACUGGUGAGAAACCAUUCAGUUGUUGCGUGUGCGUGCGGUGAAAGUUUCCAAAUCAAGUCGUCUCAAGGCACACAAGUGUUCUGGUAAGAAGAGCAGCCAGCGUUCAUUGAAGCUGCAGAAUAAUUGUCGGGUGUUGUUUUGGUUCUUUCUCUCCAACUGAAAAACUGCAUUUUUUUUUUUUUUG